UUAUAAUUACGAAAGAAACGCACACAACAGCGGCCACACCCGCCUGACUGGGAAUAAACUCUACGGCAAUCCCCGUUAUUCGGUUCUCGAACCCUGUUGUAGUUCUCGCCAGCAUCCCGCCGGCUGGGGUUCCUCCACAGCAAGACGGAGCAGUGCAGUGCUCUCCAGCAACUUUAUAUUUCAACUAUUUUUCAUUUUUCCAUCCAUCUCAUAUCUACCACUAUCCACUCUGCAAAGCACACACAAUGGAGUACAUCGGUAAAGCCACAGAGGUCGUCAAACACUUCAGAGAGACCAAGUUGUCUACCCUGAAGCCUCCUCAAGAAUUUUUUGAUCACCGACAGCUCUCCCGACCCAAAAACAUGAAUGAGGCGACUUCUCGUGUGACCUAUAAUACCCGCCACUACUCUGGUAACUACCUCAUCGUCAUCGCCAUUCUUGCCGUCUACGCUCUUAUAACAAACCCUCUCCUUCUUAUCGCCCUUGCCUUCCUCGCUGGAGGCUUUGCAGCCAUCAAUAAAUUCGCCCCGGAACCUAUGCAAGUAGGCGACCACAUUAUCACCCAAAAAUCUCUGUACACUGCGCUCUUUGUAAUUGGUCUCCCGCUUUUGUGGAUCGCUUCACCUGUGUCAACUUUCUUCUGGUUAGUUGGUUCAUCGGCGAUUUUGAUCUUGGGUCAUGCCGUGUUGAUGGAGCCUGGGGUUGAGAGCGAGUAUGCGGGCAUUGAGCAGGUUUAGAUUUAGGGUCUUAAAAAUGUGAAGGAAAUUGAGCGGUGUUUUUUUUUCUUCUGAUUCUGCUGUGUGAUACAUACCCGUGCUAUAUGCAAUCAUAAUGUUCCAAAG